AUGUUUGAGAAGCAGCGUUACGACAGCCCUCCCGUCUACAGUCCUCCAUACAGCCCGGCCUCCAAUGGCUACGGCCCCCCACAAAGCUACCACCCGCCCAGGAGUGAGUUUGACCCCUACCCACCCCCACCGGGCUCCUACUACAUGGAAGAGAAGCCCCAACACUUCUACAAGUGGCUCUCUCCUCCUGGCAUCGUCAAGGCCAUGUUUGGCACCAUCAUAGUGCUCUGUGUGGGGAUCUUUGCCUGUGUGGCCUCCACGCUGGUCUGGGACAUGCAGUACGGGAUGGGGGGGAUGGGCUCCUACGGCGGAGGGAUGGGCUAUGGCGGUGGUUAUGGGGGAAUGGGCGGCGGUUAUGGCUCCAGCUACGGCUCUGGCUAUGGAGGAGGCUAUGGAGGAGGCUAUGGAGGAGGCUAUGGUAACUAUGGUAACUCCUACCCGACACCUUACUCGGCCAAAACCACCAUGAUAGCUAUGGCGGCCAUCAACUUCUUUGUGGCGCUGGGAUUCUUCGUGGCCAGUUUCUCUAAAUCGACCACGUUCAGGAGCAGGAAGUUCUUUCUGGUGGUUCUGGUGGUCAGCGUCAUCAUGGCUGUCAUCCAGGGCAUCAUCACCAUUGUGUACAUCGUGGGGGUGAACCCAAUGGCCCAGAGCUCUCAGAACAUGAUGUACAACCCCAUGCUGUUGAUGUGCCAGAACCUGUACGGAAGCAGCUAUUCUAAUAUGGGAGGAGUCGGGGGUUUCGGCAUGUAUAACCAGUACCUCUAUCACUACUGCUACGUGGACCCACAAGAGGUAGACCAACAGUUAUACUACCUGUGUAAUGUAUCAUUUGAUUGUUGUGUUGUUGGUGCUCUGAAGAUGUAGAAUUGGUCUAUGAUUACACGUGUGUCCUUAACCCUUAUUGAACCCUUAUACUAUGUAUUUUUAUCCCUUUAAGCCUUAAAUAACAAACUAGUAUUUUCAGAUCGUUUGCGUAAUAACUGACUUACGUAAACUCCUUGAUGUUGGAUGUGUCUCCUCCAGGGUGUAGCCAUGGUGUGUGGGUUCCUGGUUACCGCUGCGUUGGUCGUGGCUGCUUUCUUCUCACACAAAACCAGAGGCAAGAUCUGGCGCUACGGCAAGCCCAACAUCUACUGGGAACAGCCCCCUGAGACUGGAGGCCUAGUUUCUGAAGGCAGAGAUGUGAAGGACUGGGUAAGGAAACACUCAUACUGGUAUGAAUAUCAUGCUCAUACUCUUGAUUGAUUGAUUGAUUUUAUUUGCCAGUAAAAAUAAUAAUAACAUAUACACAGUACAUAUAUUGAAAAGAUAUGACAGGGAUAUCAUAAUAAAUGUGACGGGGAUAUCACAAUAAAUUUGACGGGGAUAUCACAAUAAGUGUGACUGGGAUUGUGACAGGGAUAUCACAAUAAGUGUGACAGGGAUAUCACAAUAAGUGUGACAGGGAUAUCACAAUAAGCGUGACAGGGAUAUCACAAUAAGUGUGACAGGGAUAUCACAAUAAGUGUGACAGGGAUAUCACAAUAAGUGUGACAGGGAUAUCACAAUAAAUGUGACUGGGAUAUCACAAUAAAUGUGACUGGGAUAUCACAAUAAAUGUGACGGGGAUAUCGCAAUAAAUGUGACGGGGAUAUUACAAUAAAUGUGACUGGGAGUGUGACAGGGAUAUCACAAUAAAUGUGACAGGGAUAUCACAAUAAAGUCAGACUUACAGUGCAUUCGGAAAGUAUUCAGACCCCUUGACUUUUUCCACAUUUUGUUACGUUACAUCCUUAUUCCAAAAUUGAUUAAAUUGUUUUUUUUUCCCCUCAUCAAUCUACACACAAUACCCCAUAAUGACAAAGAAAAAACAUGUUCUUAGAAAUGUUAGCAAAUAUCACAUUUGCGUAAGUAUUCAGACCCUUUACUCAGUACUUUGUUGAAGCACCUUUGGCAGUGAUUACAGCCUUGAGUCUUCUUGGGUAUGACGCUACAAAAGUUUGGCACACCUGUAUUUGGGGAGUUUCUCCCAUUCUUCUCUGCAGAUCCUCUCAAGCUCUGUCAGGUUGGAUGGGGAGCAUCGCUGCACAUCUAUUUUCAGGUCUCUCCAGAGAUGUAUGAUCGGGUUCAAAUCCGGGCUCUGGCUGGGCCACUCAAGGACAUUCAGAGACUUGUCCCGAAGCCACUCCUGCGUUGUCUUGGCUGUGUGCUUAGGGUCAUUGUCCUGUUGGAAGGUGAACCUUUGCCCCAGUCUGAGGUCCUGAGCGCUCUGGAGCAGGUUUUCAUCAAGGAUCUGUCUGUACGUUGCUCCAUUCAUCUUUCCCUCGAUCCUGACUAGUCUCCCAGUCCCUGCCGCUGAAGAACAUCCCCACAGCAUGAUGCUGCAACUACCAUGCUUCACCGUAGUGAUGGUGCCAGGUUUCCUCUAGACGUGACGCUUGGCAUUCAGGCCAAAGAGUUCAAUCUUUGUUUCAUCAGACCAGAGAAUCUUGAUUCUCAUGGUCUGAGAGUCCUUUAGGUGCCUUUUGGCAAACUCCAAGCGGGCUGUCAUGUGCCUUUUACUGAGGAGUGGCUUCCGUCUGGCCACUCUACCAUUAAGGCCUGAUUGGUGGAGUGCUGCAGAGAUGGUUGUCCUUCUGGAAGGUUCUCCCAUCUCCACAGAGGAUCUCUGGAGCUCUGUCAGAGUGACCAUCAAGUUCUUGGUCACCUCCCUGACCAAGGGCCUUCUCCCCCGAUUGCUCAGUUUGGCCGGGCGGCCAGAUCUAGGAAGAGUCUUGGUGGUUCCAAACUUCUUCCAUUUAAGAAUGAUGGAGGCCACUGUGUUCUUGGGGACCUUCAAUGCUGCAUAAAUGUUUUGGCAUCCUUCCCCAGAUAUGUGCCUCGACACAAUCCUGUCUCGGAGCUCUAAGGACAAUUCCUUCGACCUCAUGGCUUGGUUUUUGCUCUUGACAUGCACUGUCAAAUGUGUGACCUUAUAUAGACAGGUGUGUGCCUUUCCAAAUCAUGUCCAAUCAAUUGAAUUUACCACAGGUGGACUCCAAUCAAGUUGUAGAAACAUCUCAAGGAUGAUCAAUGGAAACAGGAUGCACCUCAGCUCAAUUUCGAGUCUCAUGGCAAAGGGUCUGAAUACUUAUGUAAAUAAGUUAUUUCUGUUUUAUCUUUAAUAAAUGUGCAAAUAUUCUAAAAACCUGUUUUUGCUCUGUCAUAAUGGGGUAUUGUGUGUAGAUUAAUGAGAUGUUUUAUUUAUUUAAUCCAUUUUAGAAUAAGGCUGUAAUGUAACAAAAUGGGGGAAAAAGGGAAGGGGUCUGAAUACUUUCCGAAUGCACUGUAUUUCCAUUGUGGUUCCUUUUUAGAGUAAAGACAACCGAUACUGGUAUGAAUACACAAAGUAUGAGCAGAAUGUAUGUGUUUUUAGAUGCUCCCAGUUUUAAUGCAGUAAUAUUUCAUUUACUAUGGGUCUUUGUCAGGUUGAACAUGAUACGUUACUGUGACUAAUCUAUCCUCUCUCCCUAAUCAGUUAUAACACAUUAAGAAAUGUUAGAUUUUUGACAGUUAGAAUUGCACAAUACCUCAGUCAGUUACAAUGUUUUCUUUACCUGAGGUAAAUUCAAAAUGGGAAUCAAAACAGACUUUGGAAUGCGAGGUUGCAGUUCCCUGCUUUUACUUUAUGAGUUGAAAGUCCACGAGGAGGUUCAUCAUUUCGUGCUUUUUAUGACAGAAAAUGUCAAGAGAGUAAAAAAAAAACAUGACACAAUUACAGAUACAGUAUAAUUCCAUAGUGGGGGCUUGGUUUAGGUGUGUGUGUGUGUUUGCACGUAUCUGACUGUGCCCCUGUAUGUCAAAGGGUAUCAGUCAAUACAGUGAGUAUAGUAUUAGCUGUGACACAUUGACUGGCCAUUGAUUGAUCUCAACCCAACAUCGUCCUCUUGUGCACUUACUCUCAUUUCCUGUCUCUCACCUCAACCUCCUCUCAAUUACCAGACAACCGAGAAUUGUCUGAUUUGUAAAAUGUUGGCCACGCUUAGGAAAAAUCAAACUAGUAACCUUUAACCCAUGCCCUACUCCAGUUUCACAUUUUAAGAGCAGCCUUUUGACUCCUCAGGUUAGUUUUAUAGCUGCUAGCUAUGGCUACAGUGUUGCCACUCUGCUGAGGGGCUGUUGCUAACAGGCUGGUAGCAUGGCUGUUUGUGGAGCUCAUAGUUGCUGUUUGUUCAGUCUACCUGGUUUCACUCUGGCUGAUCAUUAACUAGUAUAAACAGGUGGUUUCUAGAGCUCUUAUCUAACGCUGCCUGCCUGGCUGGCUGGCUGGCUGGGGUUUUAAACGUCAACAACAUGCCAGGGUUUCAUGUCAACAAAAUGCAUUGUUACCAGGGUUAUUGGUGAACUAGUACUGAUCUAGAUCGGUGAUGGGUUGUUGUUGACAGAUUUGUGGCAUGUGAACGUAGUCAAUGUAAGCAGUCGCAAGUCAAUUUCACUUAAUCCUAAAUUAAAUUAGCAAAUUAUUCGCAUUUGAAUGGAAUUGUAAUUUAUUUCCUGUCAUUGACUGAUGGCAAAAGGAAUGGGUCCCAUCCCUCCUUGUUAUGUUGUGUUAGUCCAGCAGGGUUGGGGUAAAUUCCAAUUAAAUUCCAGUCCAUUCAGAAAGUAAACCAAAUUUCAGUUCCAAUUUUCCUCAUUAAGAAGCAUUGCAGAGAAUUUGAAUAAACAUUUCAGUAUACUUCCUGAAUUGACUGGAAUUCAACAUGUAAUCUACCCCAACCCUGUACUUCAGUAAUGCUUUUUUACGAGGGGUGUUAUCUAGUUGUUUGUUUGUGGUGAGAGUGGUUGUCACAGAGCAUACCCACAGAUGGCCCUGGACAGAGGUGUGGAGAGGACAGGACAGGACAGGACAGGACAGGAGAGGACAGGAGAGGAGAGGACAGGACAGUAUAGGAGAGGAGAGGAGAGGACAGGAGAGGACAGGAGAGGAGAGGACAGGACAGGACAGGACAGGACAGGACAGGAGAGGACAGGAGAGGACAGGAGAGGAGAGGACAGGACAGGACAGGACAGGAGAGAACAGGACAUGUAGUAUGUACUACAGUAUCUAUCAACCCAUGCUGUGAGUCACCCCACACUGGUUCAAUGACAGUUACUUUGACUCCCUCAGCCCACUGUGCCCAGGGCCCUGUCUCUGUCUGAUGACCUCACCCACACUGGCCUCAUUCAGCCUGACCAGGCUCCUUUGUCCUCCGACAGAUGAUGUCACAGGUUCUGCAGAUGUAGGGCUGAAUGAUGUGGUAGAAUGUUAGACCAACCUUGACUAGUAGACAACAUGAUGACGUGCGUUGGUUGACAGUUUAUAACAAUGUUCAAUGCACAGUGCAUUACCACAGUUGUCCAAACUAAAGCUUUGCUGUUUGAGUCUGACAUCUUGUUUUUUUUUAAUGCCCAGUGCAGGCUAGUGUUUCGAAGUGCUUGGCUAAUACAUUGAUUUGGAUGAAGACGUCGCCGUUGAAACUGGCUUUCAGUAUAUAGCUAAUUGCAUUUGUUUCUCUUUAGUUUUCUCUGCAAACCCUUCAAUUAAUAUUUAAUUGAGUGAUACUCAUUAUAACUCCUUCUGGUGCUGCCUACUUCUUUAAGUCAAGGAAAAAUGCAGCAUUAAAGGUGCAAUAUGCAGAAAUCACUCCGCCAUUUCCUGGUUGCUAAAAUUUGAAUAGUUCGCCUAAUUUCAGUUUGUGACAAAACAAGCAGUCAUUGUGUAAAUAAUCAUUGUACCAUCUAAACCACACGGGAAGCAUAGAAAUAACACACAUAGAACAGAUCUACCCCUACUUAGACUUGCUUUCAAUGAGAAUGACAGAUCUAUAACUCACAUUUCUAUGUUAAUUCGGUCGCCCAAAAAGUUACAUAUUUCAGCUUUAAACAUUACUUAAUAGUUACAGUAAGUAUUAACAAAUGUAGGGAGGGACUUCCAAAUAAAGAAUUAUCAGCUGUAGUCCCGUGUGGCUCAGUUGGUAGAGCAUGGCGCUUGCAAUGCCAGGGUUGUGGGUUUGAUUACCACGGGGGACCAGUACGAACAAAUAUGAAAAUGUAUGCACUCACUACUGUAAGUCGCUCUGCAUAAGAGCGUCUGCUAAAUGACUCAACUGUAGAUAAAAAUAAGGGGUGUGGUUGGUUGCAGCUUAUUUACCCUCUACCAUGCUCAGCUGUGGGAACAUACCAGCUGGCUCUCCCUCCAUCUCUGCCCCAUGCCUGCUUUCCCUCUCACCUUCCCUCCCUCUCACCCUCCCUCCCUACCCCAGGUCCUAGGGGCUCAGACAUUCCUUCCCUGCUUAUUUAGGCAGCUCACGGCCCAGCACCACUCUACUCCAUGCAGAGAGGGGCAUUGUUGGAAUUCCUAGAUGACUUGCCUUGUGCUCUUCAAAAGGUGGCCUUCUUCCUGGUUCCUGCAGCUGCGGGGAAGUGCUGCCUGUACCCCACCCAAUGAUUGUUUCUUUCUAACAGCAGGUCUGCUGUUGUUACAGAGAGCCUGCACUGUGAAGUUAGUAAUGCAGUGCACAUGUCUUAGGAACGGUAGCCUGCCUUAGAUGAUCACACUCACACACUCACACACACACACUAUAAAUUGCGUUUUUAGCAACAGAGAUUAAAUAAUGUGACAGAUUGCCUAGGCCUGCAGUGUGUCCCCAUACUGAGGCCUUUAUUGUGGAGACGACCUUCACACGAACUUUCCACUCACACAGGAAGGACUUGCUGAUAUAGAUGAAGACUUCCUUGUUUAUAUCCCAGAGACCUCUCCCUUUGUAUUGAGGGAAAGGAAAGAGGAGUUUGUCUGUUGCAGGUGUACAUGAGACUUUUCUUUGUUUCUACAGAACUCAGUCAAAUGUAAUCUCACACAGUGUCAAUAUACACCUCAUUUUCAGCAAUUAGAUUACAAAACUGUCUCUGAUAUUGAUCACCAAUAUUUACAUUUCUCAACAGAAUGUUUGUGGAAAUGGAUGGAUAGCGCAUACAUUAUCCCAAAAUGGUGUCAGUUUGUCACAGGACUAAAGCAUAUGUAAUAGAGUACCGCAGAAUGAGUCAUUAUACCCAUAGAACCUAAAGGUCAAACAGGGAAAUGGUUCCAAUCGUUUUUCCAUCGUUAAUUUUUCCCAUAGGUUAUUUUUGAAACACUUAAAAUAAGGGCUGUGUUUCGUGUAGGCUUACCCUGCUGUGAUGUUUUGAUAACUGUGUAAAUCUCUCUAGGACAAGGUGACUUUUAUAAAUAUAUUUGCCUGUAUUUCCCCCCAAAAAUGUAAUGCUAAUGUGGCUAUCAUAAGGAACUACAAAUGCCAUAACGUUCUGGACGAGACUGCCAUAUCCAGGCAAAGGUAAGAAUCUCUGGAUUAACUAUCUAAUGUUAGCUAAAUGUAGCAAUUAACCUCUAUGGGAUCGGUGUCCCGUAUACGGGACGGUUGAGCUAUCUUGCGCUAAUGUGAUUAGCAAACUUUCUAGGACAUAGACAUGUCUUAUAUGGCAGAAAGCUUAAAUUCUUGUUAAUCGAACUGCACUGUCCAAUUUACAGUAGCUAUUACAGUGAAAAAAUACCAUGCUAUUGUUUGAGGAGAGUGCACAACAACAACAAAAAUUAGCACGGCAACUGUUUUGAUACAUUCACCUCUGAAGGUAAAUAAUGUACUUACAUUAAGUAAUCUUGCUCUGAUUUGUCAUCCUGAGGGUCCCAGAUAUAAAAUGUAGCAUAGUUUUGUUUGAUAAAAUCAAUUUUUAUAUUCAAAUUUAGGAACUGGGUUCCACAGUUUGAACCCCUGCUGUCUGUGGCUCCACACCCACCCCGCUCGGCCAUCUAGAUGUGUGAAAGUUAGUGUAUAAGUUAAUGAUCCAUCAUGUAUGACAUUCCUGGGAGUGUGUAAACUUACAUUUUGUAUUACCAUAUAAUUUUAGUAUGUUCUCUAUAGUUAUGUACUUGAGAAACUUUGCACACACACUGCUGCCAUCUAGUGGCCAAAAUCUAAACUGCAAUAUUAUAUUGUGGCCUUUCUCUUGCAUUUCAAAGAUGUAAAACAAAUAUAUGUUUCUUUGUUUGUAUUAUCUUUUACCAGAUCUAAUGUGUUAUAUUCUCCUACAUUCAUUUCACAUUUCCACAAACUUCAAAGUGUUUCCUUUCAAAUGGUAUCAAUAAUAUGCAUAUCCUUGCUUCAGGUCCUGAGCUACAGGCAGUUAGAUUUGGGUAUGUCAUUUUAGGCGAAAGUUGAAAAAAAGGGUCGGAUCCUUAAGAGGUUAAUAAAUAGGCUACAUUUCUUUUAAAUUGACAAAUCUGUGAACUGUCUUGUUUAAAUUGACACAAUACCUGUUAGCAAAGGUAUCAGCUAGAGAUGACAAGCAGGAGCUUGCAGGGAUUUGUAGUUUUGCAUGAUGUCUACUUUGAUUUUAAUUAGCAUUUUCGAAUCUGAGAGUAAAUAGAGCUGAAUAUAUUGAUAAAAGUCACCUUGUCCUAGAGAGAUUUACAUGGUUAUCAAAACAUCACGCCAGGGUAAACCUACAUGAAACACAACCUUUAUUUUAAGUGUUUCUAAAAUCCCCUAAAAUGAAUGGUGGAAAAACGAUUGGAACCGUUUCCCUGUUUGACGUCUAGGUUUUAUGGGUAUUAUGACACCUCCACUGUGGGGCUCUGUAGGGUUCCUUUGGGCUUUUUGCAUCUACAACAGAGAUGUGACAUUUCUGGUUGCAUUACAUGCGUUCUGGCAGGAGUGUUGUAAAUCCUAUGAAUUAUCUUAAAUUGCUGUAGUUUAUGACUUAGGUUGUAGGAGCAGGUUUGAACAUUUUCACAUAUUUAUGACCAAUGGUUCUCCUCAAUUUCUUCCUUUAGUUCUGUUUCCUUAUAGGUUCUGAACCAUCAGGUAGAGUUUCAAUCAACUGUUGAUAUAAUCUGGCAAUCAACUUUUUGGCAUAAAUCUGUAUUUCUUUCUAUGCUAGAUUUCUGAGUUGUAAGAACUUAAAGAAAUCGGCCUUGGAUAAUCCAAAUCUUUCUUAUAAUUAAUUGAAUGUCAGUAGAGAUCCAUCCUAGUGCACAUGUUCAAAAUUCAUGAUGCCACUUUGGAACCAGGACGUGUUAUGAUUAAACACUGGAGGUAAGGUGGGGUUAUUCCUAAUACGGAUGCCUGGCGAUAUUGGUUCUUCCCACCUCAUGAAUUUAUGUUCUUUUUUUCCAAAUACGAAUGGAAUUGAGAAUAAUUGAAUUGUCUGUUUUUUCUGCUGCAAUGCCUUGGACCCGAAGUAGUGAAUAUAUUUUCGAUCAUACGGUAUUACAUUUGUGGCUUCAAUAGUCCUCCAUGCACAAGGAUAGUCUGCUGUCCAUUUAUUUAAGUGAAAGCAGUUGUGGAUCCCAGUAAUACAUCGUCAUAUGAGGUAGUCCAAGACCUCCAGCUUCAUAGGGGAAGUGUAAAACAGUCAGUUUGACUCUUGAGGUCUUUUACAUUCCAAAUAAAGUUGGAGAGCAGGCCAUUUAUUUUAUUUAAAAAGAUGGAUGGAAUUUAAACUGGAAUAAAUACAUCAACCUUGGUAAUAUAUUCAUUUAGAUUAUGUUGACCCAACCUAACAUAGAAAUAGAGAGAGAUCUCCAUCUCUGAACAUCAGAUUCAAACCUAUCUAUUAAAGGAGGGUACUUGAUUUGAUAUGCCUCCUCCAGACUGCAUGGUAUCAGUACACACAGGUAUUUCAUAGGUGUCUUUGCCCAUUUCCACUUAAAUGUACUUUCUAAGCUGGAGAAGUCAUGAUUAUUUCAGUCUUCUCCCAAUUAACUUUGAAUCCUGAUACAGCACCAUAUGUGUCCAACAGUAGUACAAGAAAUGACAGAGAAUGUUCUGGUUCAGAUAAAUAAAGUAAAAUGUAAUAUGCUUACAAUUAUGUCACAUUUUGAUCUCCACCAAUCUCUAUUCCCCGGAUUGAGCCAUGAGUUCUAAUUAUUGAUGCUAGGGGUUCUGUUGGCUAAUGAAAAUAAAUAGCUAGACAAAGUACAUCCCUGUCUUGCAAGCCCUUUCCUUAGCUAACGUAGAUGUUCAAAUGGAAUCAAGGCCAACUGUCAUAUCAUAAACGUUCCUACUGUUUUAUGUCAUUGCAGUUACGUCAAUGAUAAGACUGGAGCUGGACAGAGAGAGCUUCCUGCUAACAUAGCUAACAGAAUAACACUAAUGGUCAUUUUUUUUGGGACAGUAACUAAGGGAAAUGGGUCUGUGGUGAUUGUUGGUAUCUUGGCAUGGUGUCCUCUUGAACCUGGUAAAUCAAGCACGUAAUCCAAAUUUCACUCAAGACCCGGUCUGGCCAAUUAUAUGCCUGGCCGACUGCUCAGCCAGACUUAAAAGAGUCAUUUUUAAAAGUGCCAUUCCAGUAUCCUUGGAGAACAAUAAAUGGGGGCAAAGUCAACACAGGUCCCCCUUUUAGCCUCAUAGAAUCAGGCCUAUUAAAGUGAAUCACUGUCUAAUUCCAUGCAUGCUCACAUAAUGCCCUGUAGUAAGAAGGGGCCCAGUCUCUUGUAUCCUGAUACUAUAGGUUGUGGAGAGGAGGCCUAAAGUUGCUCAAGCCUCAAAUAUUUCUGAAACAAACUCUUUGAAUCAAAGUCUCUGCCUGUCCUCUACAUUACUUUCAAGGUCCAAGACUAGUAUUUCUUUUUUAUUCCUGGUCUUUACCAGAGAGGAUGCUGGGUAACGUUAUGGUCAUACUAGGAAGUUAGCGUGAAAACAGGCUCCUGACCUCUUUGUUUGUGUUUGUCAUUGUGCUGCUGACUGAGGCCCCUCUCUGUGCGUGUUUCCUGGCUGCUUUAGGUUAACAAUGUGGAGGACGGACAAAGUACAGAGGAUGCACCUACCGUGGUGCUGUCAGAGAAGUCCAUCCCCCUCAAUGCCUCAGCCAAUAGCAUCAUCUCCUACCCAACCAAGGCUGACAGCAGGGUAUACACUGGCGACACUUACAACAACAAUGUGUGAGUAAACAGACAAACAACAUCGCCUCAGCCCUGUUCCAAUGCAUCUUUUCUUUUCUCUCUUCAUCGGUUAUAUCCUCCCUUUCCUUGAACAUACUCAAAUAAAAUUAUUUGUCACAUGCGCCGAAAUUUCAAACAAUCUGUUUUCGCUUUGCUAUUAUCAGGAUUUUUAUUUAUUUAAUCCAUUUUAGAAUAAGGCUGUGACGUAACAAAAAAAGUUAAGGGGUCUGAAUACUUUCCGAAGGCACUGUAUGUACAUGAAGGCAGGGUAAAGUGACCAAGCAUCAGGAUAGACAAUAAUAAGAGUAAAAUAAAGAACAGAGUAGCAGCAGCAUAUGUUGAGUGUGUGUAUAUACAGAGCCUUCAGAAAGGAUUCAUACCCCUUGAUUUAUUCCACAUUGUAUUAUGUUACAGCCUGAAUUCGUAAUGGAUUUUUUUACCCAUCUACACACAAUACCCCAUAAUGACAAAGUGAAAGAAAACAUGUUUUUAGACAUUUUAGCAAAUGUAUUGAAAAUGAAAUACAGAAAUAUCUACCGAGCAGUGAUGCAGCCAGUCAAGAUGCUCUCAAUGGUGCAGCUGUAGAACUUUUGUCGAGGGCCCAUGCCAAAUCUUUUCAGCCUCCUGAAGGGGAAGAGGUGCUGCCGUGCCCUCUUCACGACUGUGUGUGUGUGUGUGGACCAUGUUAAGUCUUCAGUGAUGUAGGACGCCAAGGAACUUGAAGCUCUCAACCCGCUCCACUACAGCCCUGUCGAUGUGGAUGGGGGCGUGCUCGCCCCUACUUUCUCCUAUAGUCCACGAUCAGCUCCUUGGUCUUACUGACGUUGAGGGAGAGGCUGUUGUCCUGGCACCACACUGCUAAGUCUCUGACCACCUCCAUGUAGGCUGUCUCAUGGCCGUCGGUGAUCAGACCUACCAUUAUCGUGUAAUCAGCCAACUUGAUGAUAGUCUUGGAGUCAUGCAUGUCCAUGCAGUCGUGGGUGAACAGGGAGUACAGGAGGGGACUAAGCACACACCCCUGUGGGUCCCCGUGUUGAGGGUCAGCGUGGUGGAGGUGUUGUUGCCUACACUCACCACCUGGGGCCGGGCCCGUCAGGAAGUCCAGGAUCAAGUUGCAGAGGGAGGUGUUCAGUCCCAGGGUCCCUAGGUUGGUGAUGACCUUGGAGGGGACUACGGUGUUGAACACUGAGCUGUAGUCAAUGAACAGCAUUCUCACAUAGUUUUAUCCCCUCUUGUCCAGGUGGGAGAGGGCAGUAUGAAGUGCAAUUAAGAUUGCGCCAUCUGUGGAUCUGUUGGGACGGUUGUGAAUUGGAGUGGGUCCAAGGGUGUCUGGGAUGAUGGUGUUGAUGUGUGUCAUGACCAGUCUUUCAAAGGCUGGUCAUGACACAGAUAUGAGUUGUGAGUGCUACACGGCGAUAGUCAUUUAGGCAGGCUACCUUGUAAUUUUUGGGAACAGGGACAAUGGUGGUCAGCUUGAAACAUGUUGGGAUUAAAGACUGGGACAAGGAGAGAUUGAAAAUGUCUGUGAAGACACUUGCCAGCAGGUCUGUGCAUGCUUUGAGAAUACGCCCUGGUAUUCGGUCUUUCUGCGAGUGUUAACUUGUUUUAAAAUUUACUCAUAUCGCGGAAUAGCGAGAUCACACAGUCAUCUGGAACAACUGGGGCUUUCACGCAAGACUCUGUUGUAUUCUUCAAAGUGAGCAUAAAAGGCAUUUCGCUUGGGAGGUCUGCAUCACUAGGCAUCUCACUGAUGGGUUUCCCUUUGUAAUCGGUUAUCGUUUGCAAGCCCUGCCACAUACGACGAGUGUCGGAGCCGGAGUAAUGUAAUGUAAUGUUGUUUUGCAUGUUUGAGGUUGUAGCGGGCUUUCUUGCAUACGUCCAUGUCUGUGUCCCGUUCCUUGAAAGCGGUAGCUUUAGCCCAGCACGGAUAUUGCCUGUAAUCCAUGGUUUUUGGUUUGGAUGCGUUCGCAUAGUCACUGUGGGGACGACGUCGUCUAUCCACUUGAUGAAUCCCGUGACUGAUGUGGUAAACUUCUCAAUGCUAUCAGAUGAAUCCUGGAACAUAUCCCAGUCUGUACUAGCGAAACAGUCUUGUAGCCUCGCGUCAGCUCCAUUGGACCUCUUCCGUAUUUAGAGCAUCACUGAUACUUCCUGUUGUAGCUUUUGUUUGUAAACAGAAAGUAGGAGAAUAGAGUCAUGGGAGGACGAGGGAGGGCAUUUCUCUGGGUAGAAUACAAGUGGUCUAGAGUUUUAGCACCUCUGGUUGCGCAAGAUAUGUGUUGGUAGAAGUGAGGUAGAACGUUUUUAAGUCUCCAUUUGUUAAAGUAUCCUCCUACCAGAAGUACUGCCUCUGGGUAAUCGGUUUCUUGUUUGUUUAUGGUCCCAUACAGUUCCUUGAUUACCUAAAUGUUUGCUUGUGGAGGGAUGUAGACAGCCAUGAUAAUUACGGAUUAGAACUCUCUUGGUAGCUAUAAGGGUCUGCAGCUUACCAUGAUCUAUUCUAUAUCAGGUGAGCUAAAGCUCCAGAUUUCCUUCACACUGGAAGCAGCGCACCAGUUGUUGUUUAUAAAGAGGCACACCCCUCCCCCUUUGGACUUGCUCGAGGCCAUCUUCAUCCGAUCGUGCCGCUGCAUGGAGAAACCACUGAGUUCUACGUAUAUAGAGUCAUACAGCCACGUUUCUGCAAGGCACAUAAUAUUGCUGCUUUUUGAAGUCUCUCUGAUAGGAGACUCUCGAGUGAAGCUCAUCCAUCUUAUUCUCGUGUGACUGGACAUUUGCCAAUAGAACGGAAGGGAGUGCCGGUCAAUUUUCUCUUUGUCCUAGUCUCGCCAGGAUGCCGGCCCGUCUGCUGCGUCUACGCCAUGAAACAAAGGUCCAGGAUGAACUUUCUGUACAAGAAAAGUCAAGAUAAACACGAAAAAGUCACUAAAGUCGGUUUGGAACUCGUAGGAUGUCUCCCUUCUCCAUCGGCGCCAUCUUUCUGUAUUCUUUCUUAGAGAAUUUAGAACUAAAUCUUGCGCAACUAUAUACAAAUAAGAGAAUGUACUGUACUUCAGCUUGUAGGCUGUGUGUAACUGAAAGUAAAAUGAGGUCGGUUUGAAUGGGUUUACAGUAACCUGCACCAUUCCUUCCUCCCUUCGUAAUCACUGAUCUGACGCAAUAGGGAUGGGUGUGAGACAGGAAGUAGCUUUCACCUAUCCGCCAGUGAUGUCAGAUCAUUGAUAACUUCCAGGAAGGACAGAAGGAAGGAUGCAUGUUAAAUGUUUAGGUACAGAUGCCCUUCUCUGUGAGAGUUACACAUGCCAAGUCAAGUGUUUGGUUACGUGCCAGGUCACGUGCCAGGUCAAGUGUUUGGUUACGUGCCAGGUCACGUGCCAGGUCAAGUGCUCUUAUUUGGUCUUAUUUGCGAAGGGGUUGCACAAGACUUGGUGCUGUGCAGUAAACAAUGCCUCCAUCAGGCCAUAUGUCAAACAUAACCUACUUCAUGAAGUCCACUGUCUGGGACAGGAGAGUACUGUAUAGCAACCGCCCUCGGAAGUAUCAUGGAAAGUCAACACACACAUCUAUAAACUGCUUAUUGAGAGUUGAGGCUUAUAAAUAGUUAAAACAGUUAUUGGCACAAUAAUAAUGGAUGCAUGCUUAUAAAUCAUUAUAAACCAAUCAAUUAGACUGUAUAAGAAACAUUUUAGCUCUCACCAUAUAUCAUUGCAACCCUUAUUGAUGCUUUGUAUGUAAUGCUGAUAAAACUCCUAAAAAAGUCCUGCUUCAUAAAACAGAGGAAUUCUAGCCUCAAGACUUCCCUGACCUUGUUGACAUAAUCUGCUAGUUUGUCAUAGGGUGCUCUGCUGUAAUAUCAUAGCUACUUCCAUUGAGCCCUGAGAUGAAACCUUAAAUCCCUGCUAACUCAACAGUGAACUUGUGUUCCCCUCCUUUUAUUAAGGAAAUCCGGAGUCUGUCUCUUCCAUUUGUCCAGUGGUUUCAGUGACAUGUGAUCAGUUAUAUUCAUGUACACUACCAGUCAAAAGGACACAUCUACUCAUUCAAGGGUUAUUCUUUAUUUUUUACAUUGUAGAAUAAUAGUGAAGACAUCAAAACUAUGAAAUAACACAUGGAAUCAUGUAGUAACCAAAAAAGUGUUAAACAAAUCAAAAUAUAUUUUAUAUUUGAGAUUCUUCAAAUAGCCACCCUUUGCCUUGAUGACAGCUUUGCACACUCUUGGCAUUCUCUCAACCAGCUUCAUGAGGUAGUCAUCUGGAAUGCAUUUCAAUUAACAGGUGUGCCUCCUUAAAAGUUAAUUUGUGGAAUUUCUUUCCUUCUUAAUACGUUUUAGCCUAUCAGUUGUGUUGUGACAAGGUAGGGGGGGUAUACAGAAGAUAGCCCUAUUUGGUAAAAGUCCAUAUUAUGGCAAGAACAGUUCAAAUAAGCAAAGAGAAACAACAGUCCAUCAUUACUUUAAGACAUGAAGGUCAGGCAAUCCGGAAAAUGUCAAGAACUUUGAAAGGUUCUUCAAGUGCAGACACAAAGACCAUCAAGCUGAGGACCGCCACAGGAAUGGAAGACCCAGAGUUACCUCUGCUGCAGAGGAUAAGUUCAUUAGAGUUACCAGCCUCAGAAGUUGCAGCCCAAAUAAAUGCUUCACAGAGUUCAAGUAACAGAGACAUCUCAACAUCAACUGUUCAGAGGAGACUGUGUGAAUCAGGCCUUCAUGGUCGAAUUGCUGCAAAGAAGCCACUACUAAAGGACACCAAUAAUAAGAAGAGACUUGCUUGGGCCAAGAAACACGGUGGAAAUUUGUCCUUUGGUCUGGAGUUCAAAUUUGAGAUUUUUGGUUCCAACCGCCAUGGCUUUGUGAGACGCGGUGUGGGUGAACGGAUGAUCUCCGCAUGUGUAUUUCCCACCGUAAAGCAUGGAGGAGGUGGUGUUAUGGUGUGGGGGUGCUUUGCUGGUGACACUGUCUGUGAUUUAUUUAGAAUUCAAGGCACACUUAACCAGCAUGGCUACCACAGAAUUCUGCAAUGAUACGCCAUCCCAUCUGGUUUGGGCUUAGUGGGACUAUCAUUUGUUUUUCAACAGGACAAUGACCCAACACACCUCCAGGCUGUGUAAGGGCUAUUUUACCAAGAAGGAGAGUGAUGGAGUGCUGCAUCAGAUGACCUGGCCUCCACAAUCCAAUUGAGAUGGUUUGGGAUGAGUCGGACCACAGAGUGAAGGAAAAGCAGCCAACAAGUGCUCAGCAUAUGUGGGAACUCCUUUAAGACUGUUGGAAAAGCAUUCCAGAUGAAGCUGGUUGAGAGAAUGCCAAGAGUGUGCAAAGUUGUCAUCAAGUCAAAGGGUGGCUAUUUGAAGAAUCUCAAAUAUAAAAUAUAUUUUGAUUUGUUUAACACAUUUUUGGUUACUACACGAUUCCAUAGUUUUGAUGUCUUCACUAUUAUUCGACAAUGUAGAAAAUAGUAAAAAUAAAGGAAAAUCCUUGAAUGAGUAGGUGUGUCCAAACCUCUGACUGGUAGUGUACAUCAUUGUUGUUUUUCCCUAGAAGUAGAUCAGAAACCAUUGGAAGGUCAUGGCUGACGUGUUCUUGGUUGUGUGUGACUAGAAACUAAGGUCAUAGAAACUAAGGUCAAAACAAAGGUAAUUUUUGGUACAUAAAUCAGAGGUAUUCAGGCAUUCAGAGUGUUUUUGGUAGAUAGAGCAGAGGUAUUCAGGUAUUCAGAGUGUCUACCAUGUUAUAUUUACAUGACACUACUUGUUGAGUUUAUAUUGAAUGUUAUUGUUGUGCCUCAGGUAUUCGGAGCAUCUGGCUAGCCGUCCCUCGGACCAGCCCUCCCAGGGGGCCAGUUCCAGCCCCUCUGAGGAGGCAGGGGGGGUCAGGAAGCCCUCGGCCAAAAGGGGCAAGAGGAGCCGGCGCAACCCUGAGCUGGACGAAUCACAGUACGAAACCGAGUACACCACGGGAGGAGAGACUGGCAACGAACUGGACCCAGAGGAGUGGGAGAGGUGAGACACACGCAGGGAGGCAGGCAAGGCGCACACACUCACAUGCAUGGACGUUCACACACACGCACACGCACACGCACAAAUGUAUCUACGCAUGACUGUAUGUCACUUUAGAUAAAAGCGUCUGCUAAAUGGCAUAUAUUAUAUAGUAUUAUAAACUGGGUGGCUCGAGUCCUGAAUGCUGAUUGGCUGACAGCCAUGGGUAUGGCUGACGUAUACCAUGGGUAUGACAAAACAUUUAUUUUUACUGCUCUAAUCACAUUGGUAACCAGUAGCAAUAAGGCACCUUGGGGGUUUGUGAUGUAUGGCCAAUAUACCACGGCUAAGGGCUGUAUCCAGGCACUCCGCGUUGCGUCGUGCUUAAGAAAUAGCCAUGGUAUAUUGGCCAUAUACCACACCUCCUCGGGUGUUAUUGCUUAAUUAUAUCACAGAAAUUGGCAGGCACAUUCACGCACGCACGCACGCACACACACACACUCACACACUGGCAGGCAUGUUCACACACACACACACACACACACACGUUCACACUCACUCACUCACUCACUCACACCUGCAACAAUGUAAUGGUAGUGGGGAAGUGUUAAGAGAAUUUCUAUCCCAAUGUUUCAAAAAUGAACUUAUUACUCAGUCUGUAAUCAUCAGACCAAGUAGCCCAGCAUACAAUCAUCAGGCUUUAUUCAUGAGAACGUUCUGAAAAUCAUACAAUGCACAAUGUUUUUAUACCUUUACUACGCCCCUAAAUGGGCCAAUGAAAAAGCUCCUAGCCCAUUGUAGUUUUAUGAUUCUAUUACAUUCCUAUAAUUUUCGGGGUGUAAUACUUUAGAGGAAUUUGUUAAUGUGACUAUCAGGGAGGUUAGACACACACGGCAAGCACACGCACACACACACACACACCCAGUACAUGCUUAGAAAAAAAGGUGCUUUCUAGAACCUAAAAGGGUUCUUCAGCUGUACCCAUAGGAGAACCCUUUGAAUAACCCUUUUUGGUUCCAGGUAGAACCCUUUUGGGUUCCAUGUAGAACACUUUCCACAGAGGGUUCUACAUGGAACCCAAAAGGCUUCUAUCAGAAACCAAAAAGCGUUCUACCUGGAACCAAAAAGUGUUCUCCUAUGGGGCCAGCUGAAGAACCCCUUUUGGAACCCUUUUUUCUAACAGUGUAGCAGUCUGAGCUGGUCUUGUUCGGUGCAGUAGAGUAGCUAAUCUCUCCUGGCAUGCCAUUCCACAUGAGGUUGUAAUUGGAAAUAAUGAGAGAAUUGGGCCAAAGGUUUAAGGUGUGGGGGUGUGUGGUGGGUAGGUAGUUAGUGAGAGAGCAGCUGUAUUUGGCUGCAUCCACCUCCACUCUACCUUUCCUCUCCCUGAGACUGAGAGGGCCCUGGUGAGAGAAUUGGGAUCUGAAAACCAUUGUUUGACUGGUGUAAAACAGAAGGCAUGAAGCCCUGGCCUGCUGUGCUGUGUAUUACAGGAACACUCAGUUCCCGUAAUGGUCGAGAAGUGGCCAAAAAGGAAGCGGAGCUUCUCAGUGAAAUAUGCUGAGUGUACAGCAAGACAGAAGAUGAUCCUAAUACUGUUGAUCAUAGUACAAUCGAGUUGUAUUGAUCAAAUACACUACACGACGUAAAGUAUGUGGACACCUGCUCGUCGAACAUCUGAUUCCAAAAUCAUUGGCAUUAAUAUGGAGUUGGUCCCCCCUUUGCUGCUAUAACAGCCUCCACUCUUCUGGGAAGGCUUUCCACUAGAUGUUGGAACAUUGCUGCGGGGACUUACUUCCAUUCAGCCACAAGAGCAUUAGUGAGGUUGGACACUGAUGUUGGGCGAUUAGGCCUGGCUCGCAGUCUGCGUUCCAAUUCAUCCCAAAGGUGUUUGAUGGGGUUGAGGUCAGGGCUCUGUGCAGGCCAAUCAAGUUCUUCCACACCGAUCUCGAAAAAACAAUUUCUGUAUGGACCUCGCUUUGUGCACUGGGCAUUGUCAUGCUGAAACAGGAAAGGGCCUUCCCCAAACUGUUGCCACAAAGUUGGAAGCACAGAAUCAUCUAGAAUGUCAAUGUAUGCUGUAGCGUUAAAAUGUCCCUUCACUGGAAAUAAAGGGCCUAGCCUGAACCAUGAAAAACAGCCCCAGACCAUUAUUCCUCCUCCACCAAACUUUACAGUUGGCACUAUGUAUUGGGGCAGGUAGCGUUCUCCUGGCAUCCGCCAAACCCAGAUUUGUCUAUCGGACUGCCAGAUGGUGAAGGGUGAUUCAUCACUCCAGAGAAUGCGUUUCCACUGCUCUAGAGUCCAAUGGCGUCGAGCUUUACACCACUCCAGCCAACGCUUGGCAUUGUAGUGAAUGUUGCAACUGAGGACAGAUGAUUUUUACACGCUAUACGCUUCAGCACUCGGCGGUCCCGUUCCAUGAGCUUGUGUGGCCUACCACUUCGCAGCGGAGCCGUUGUUGCUCCUAGAUGUUUCCACUUCACAAUAACAGCACUUACAGUUGACCGGUGCAGCUCUAGCAGGGCAGACAUUUGACGAAUUGACUUGUUGGAAAGGUGGCAUCCUAUGACGGUGCCCCUUUGAAAGUCACUGAGCUCUUCAGGAAGGCCAUUCUACUGUCAAUGUUUGUCUAUGGAGAUUGCAUGGCGGUGUGCUCAAUUUUAUACACCUGUCAGCAAUGGGUGUGGCUGAAAUAGCCGAAUCCACUAAUUUGAAGGGGUGUCCACAUACUUUUGUAUAUAUAGUGUAUGUGUUAACAAUGUCUAACAAUAUUCUCUUACCUCGUCUCUCUCCCCUCAGCGUCUACCCAGAGAUAAUGUCAGACGGCCAGCGUCAGGAGUACAAGAGGGAGUUUGAUGCCGACCUGAGGGAGUACAAACACCUGUGUGCUGAGAUGGACGACAUCAGUGACCAGAUGAACAAACUCAGCAGGCAGCUGGACACACUGGACGAGACCUCCGCCCAGUACCAGGUGAGACACCAGAGGGAGACCAGUGGAGGCUUGUGUCAAUGUAGUAUUUUUAAAAUAUAUAUCUUUAAGUAUUGUUAUUAUUUUUGAGAGUACAGCAGGAAAUGUGGAGAGGGAAAUGGGGAUACCUAGUCAGUUGUACAACUGAAUGCAUUCAACUGAAAUGUGUCUUCCGGAUUUAACCCAACCCCUCUGAAUCAGAGAGGUGUGGAGGGCUGCCUUAAUCCACGUCUUCGGCGCCCGAUGGAGACAGAUAGUAGGGUCAUACAGAGGGUGGCCGAGACGGGACAUAUGUGGUCCGGAUGGUGGAAGCUGGUGUAAAUUUAAAUGGGAGGACAGGCUCAAUACUAUGAGCUGUCCUUCCUUCGCCAGCCUCCACUGAGAUCCACACGCAGAACCAGGGAGAAAUACUUCUUACUUUCCAUAUUCUUAACUUCAGGUUGUGGCAGAGGAAUAUAAUCGACUGAAAGACGUUAAGAGGGUGAGCAGACCUUCCUAGCAAAUCACACACAUUGUAAUGAUUGAACCUUUAUCACCCCAUAAUAGAGACGAUGAAACAAUGUAUGUGUUUUCUCUCUUUUCCUCUCCAGACACCAGACUAUCAGGCUAAGAAGCUGGAGUGUCGCAGGCUGAGACACAAACUGUUCCAUAUCAAACGUGUGGUCAAGGCCUACGACAAGAGCCUUUCUUAAAGGCACGCUCUCCCUCCAACCCAAUCCAACCCCCUCCUCUGUUGUCAUGACAACACAACACUCCUGGACUAAGACUAUGCAGAACACUGAGAUUAUGUAGAACGUUGAAAACCAAAGCUGCCUUCUUGGCACUCACACACACACACUGUGAAGACACACACAUCCACAUCCCUGCAUGCACACAUGCUCAUACACACACAUUCAUCCAUCAAUAAAAAGGAUGAAUAACAGAUCCACACACACACACACACACACACACCCGCACACCCACAGAAACACCCACACACACACCCACACACACA